AGCUUCUCAAUCAUCUGCUCAUUCCUCCUUACACAGGUUUACCUGUCUUUUCCAAAAUGGCUCCACUCCUGAACAGCAUACUCACCGUGAUCAAGGUGUUCCAGAAAUAUGCGAAAGAGGACGGGGACUGUGCGCUGCUGUGCAAGACGGAAUUGAAGCAGCUGCUCUUGGCUGAGUUUGGAAACAUCCUCCGGAGACCAAAUGACCCAGAGACUGUGGAAACCAUUCUGAACCUCUUGGAUAAAGACAGAAAUGGACAUGUUGAUUUUCGUGAAUAUCUCUUGCUGGUGUUCCAGUUGGUCCAAGCUUGCUAUAAUAAGGAAGAAAAUAAGGCAUGUGGAGAUAGAACCUCCCAGCAAGAAGGGGAGCAGGAGGGAACACAAGACCACAGCUUUCCAGGAAAUACAGGCAGACAACAUAGGCAGAGGCAUGAGGAAGCAAGGCAGGACUCCCACCACCGUCAGUCUGAGAGACAGGGUCAGGACUCCCACCAUGGUCAGUCUGAGAAACAGUAUCAGGACUCCCACCAUGGCCAGUCUGGGAGACAGGGUCAGGACUCCCACCGUGGUCAGUCUGAGAAACAGUAUCAGGACUCCCACCAUGGCCAGUCUGAGAGACAGGGUCAGGACUCCCACCAUGGUCAGUCUGAGAAACAGUAUCAGGACUCCCACCAUGGCCAGUCUGAGAGACAGGGUCAGGACUCCCACCAUGGUCAGUCUGAGAAACAGAGUCAGGAUUCCCACCAUAGUCAGUCUGAGAAACAGAGUCAGGACUCCCACCGUGGUCAGUCUGAGAAACAGAGUCAGGACUCCCACCAUGGUCAGUCUGAGAGACAGGGUCAGGACUCCCACCAUGGUCAGUCUGAGAGACAGGGUCAGGACUCCCACCAUGGUCAGUCUGAGACACAAGAUAGGAACUCCUGCUAUAGUCGGUCUGAGAGGCAAGGUCAGGACUUGAGCUCUGAUCAAAGACUGAAUCAUAAAUCUAGCAGUGACCAGACUAAAAGAGAAGGAUAUUUAUUUGCUUUAAAUCAAUAUGAGACACAAGUUCAGGAUUCUCAUGAUGGCUGGUCUGAAGGAGUUAGACAACAACAAAGCCAGCCUAUAAGACUUAGAGAGGAUUCAUGCUGUAGCCAAAGAAACCAACAGGAAUCAGGCUCUUAUUAUGGGCAUUCUGCAAGGCUGGGUCAGGAAUUAGGCUAUCAUCAGAGAGACAGGCAAGAAUUUGAUUCUCAAUAUGGCCAGACAUACAGACAAGGCCAGCAUUCCCACUAUGGACAGGCAGACAGACAAGGCCAGAGUUCUCACUAUGGUCAGGCAGACAGACAAGGCCAGAGUUCCCACUAUGGUCAGGCAGACAGGCAAGGCCAGAGUACUCACUCUGGUCAGGCAGAUAGACAAGGCCAGAGUUCCAACUAUGGUCAGGCAGGCAGACAAAGCCAAAGUUCCAACUAUGGACAGACAGGCAGACAAGGCCAGAGUUCUCACUAUGGACAGGCAGACAGACAAGGCCAGAGUUCCAACUAUGGUCAGGCAGACAGACAAGGCCAAAGUUCCCACUAUGGUCAGGCAGACAGGCAAGGCCAGAGUUCUCACUAUGGUCAGGCAGACAGACAAGGCCAGAGUUCCAACUAUGGUCAGGCAGGCAGACAAGGCCAGAGUUCCAACUAUGGACAGACAGGCAGACAAGGCCAGAGUUCUCACUAUGGACAGGCAGACAGACAAGGCCAGAGUUCCCACUAUGAUCAGGCAGGCAGACAAGGCCAGAGUUCCCACUAUGGACAGACAGACAGACAAAGCCAGAGUUCCCACUAUGGUCAGGCAGACAGACAAGGCCAGAGUUCCCACUAUGGUCAGGCAGACAGACAAGGCCAGAGUUCCCACUAUGGUCAAGCAGAUAGGCAAGGCCAGAGUUCUCACUAUGGUCAGGCAGACAGACAAGGCCAGAGUUCCCACUAUGGACAGGCAGACAGGCAAGGCCUGAGUUCUCAAUGCAGUCAGUCAGAACCUGGGGAAACAGGGCAAAAUAGGUGCUUCCAAGGGAAUGAGCGAACAAGCAGAGGUUCAAAUGUUGAGCAAUCAGAAAGUUCAGGGAGACCCAGUCAACAGACUCAAGGACAAAAAGUGAACCAAAAUCAGGGACAGAGAUUUCAGUCUAGGCUAGAGCAGCAGAACAGUCACCAGGCAUGGGAGCCUGAGGAGGAUUGCCAACACCACCAACACAAACUUGUAGCACAAAUUCAGCAAGAAAGGCCACACUCUCACAAAGGGAGUGAUAGGCAGGGACACAGAGAGGCCCAGACUAAGGAGAGUCAUGGUGAGAGACAGAGCCACCAGGUAGAGGAAGAGAAGGGUCACCAAAUCAGGGGUAGACAUGGUCAUGAGGGUCAGGAAACUCCAUGUGAGACACGGGGCAGGCAAACCCAUGAAGAUGAGCAGAAGCAUCAGAGACAAGACAGGCAACCUCAUGAAGAAGAUCAAAACCGUCAGCAAACCCAUGAGAAGAAAGAGAAAUAUCAAGGGUCCCAGGACCGACAAUCCCAUGGAACCCAGCGAGGCAGUGCUAACAGAGAAAAAUUCCACAUGAAUGAGGAUGACCAGAGCCAAGGCUCCCAGGGAAGACACAGUGACCUGGCCUUCCAUCCAACCCAGAGCAGGGGGAGGCCCCAAAGAAGAGAAGAGGGUGGAAGUCACCCUACCAAGGCAGCAAUUGCUCCCAACCCCCUCUACGACUAUCUCCAAGAGCAGAGAGAGCAUUGGCACUAGGCCUUAUUGCACAACGGAGCUACUGCCAAAGAAGAAAUCUACAGAUCAAGUUCAUAUUUACUUCUGUUUAAGAGAUUGAAAAUGUAUGUCUUCCUUCUCUCCUCUACUUUCUAUCUACUUGCAAGGAUGCUUUUGAGGAUUAGCAUUUACUUUUAGGGCAUGUCAGUUCUUUGAGCAGCAAAUCCAGGGUGUUCUGGCGGGGUGAAAUCUGAGUGGUAAAUUGGGUGAAAUAAUCAGAUCCCAAUUUUGAUUAACUUGGGGAUUUAAAUCAUUUCCUGGUUUGCCCUCCAUGUACAUAGGGCAUGGUUGGGUCACUGAAAGGUCGAAACUUCUGCCAAAAUUCAGAAACAGGAAAGGUAUUCAGAAGAUACCCAUCACAAACUGAGAAGAGGCAAUCUGGGCUUCAGUGAGCUUUGGCCCCCUUGGAUGAAACAUCAGGAAUUUCAAGCCUCAUAGUCUACACUUAAAUGAAACACAGUGAGAGCCUGCUAGGAGAGUCAGAGACCACAGAGGACACCUCUGAUUCACAACACCUCCAGCGCCCAGGCUUCUACCCUUCAUCAGAGGGACUGUCCUGGCUCCUAGCACUAAAGCUGACUAGACUGGUUUUAGCUCAAUGUCUUUCUAGUUUCUGAUCAUAUUAAAUAGAGAGGAAGCAAAUGUCAUCUGUUUUCAGAUCCUAACGAACCAAAAUUGUUGACCCAAAGAUACUGGGGCCUGAAAACCCUUCAGAAGAAAAUCUAUGGAAUUGUAUUUAAAUGCCCAAUAAAUGAUUGGUGAGCAAUGAC